AUGACUUCCACCAACAAUAACCCGCCUUCUGUCCCUCCGCCAGGCCCAGCGGCUCCCGCUCCGCUGCUGCCGUCCGCCCCUCCGAGUGUAGGGCCAAUACCACCAACGCACUCGCUCAAAAGAGGCGCACCGGCCGCCGUGGAUGAGGCCGACGCUCCAUCGCUCGUGAGGAUGAAUGCCACGCCCUAUGCGCCGCAAAGGCAUAUCAACGACAACUAUGACAUUGUUGGUUUCAUCAGCAGCGGAACAUAUGGACGCGUAUAUAAAGCGGUCAAUAAGCGUGGCGUUCACCAGGCAAAUCCCGCGAAGCAUCCCGAUGGCAGGCCCAUCGAAGCCUUUGCCAUCAAGAAGUUCAAGCCCGACAAGGAGGGCGAGCUGCAGUACACGGGCAUCUCACAGUCGGCCAUUCGAGAAAUGGCUCUGUGUACGGAAUUGAGCCACCCGGCACUCAUCCAUCUGGUCGAGAUCAUUCUCGAAGCAAAAUGUAUCUUCAUGGUCUUCGAGUAUGCCGAACACGAUCUUCUGCAAAUUAUUCACCACCAUAGCCUGUUGCCUCGAACGCCCAUACCUGCAUCGACCCUUCGCUCGUGUAUGUACCAGAUCUUCUCCGGUCUCCUAUAUCUCCACCAAAACUGGGUCAUCCACCGAGACCUGAAGCCCGCCAACAUCAUGGUCACAUCGGGUGGAGCGAUCAAGAUUGGAGAUCUCGGCUUGGCUCGACUCUUCUGGAAGCCGCUGCACGCACUCUUCUCGGGCGAUAAGGUCGUCGUGACCAUCUGGUAUCGUGCACCCGAACUCCUACUCGGCAGUAGGCACUACACGCCAGCCAUCGACCUCUGGGCCGUAGGUUGCAUCUUUGCCGAACUUCUCAGUCUCAGGCCAAUCUUUAAGGGAGAGGAAGCCAAGCAAGACUCGAAGAAAGCCGUACCCUUCCAACGCAACCAAAUGGGCAAGAUUGGCGAGAUUCUUGGUCUUCCUAGGAAGAAUGAAUGGCCUUUACUCGCCUCCAUGCCCGAGUACCCCAAUCUCUCCAGCGUCAGUAUGCACAAUCCCGCAGUCAACCGACCCAUGGGUCUGGAAAAAUGGUAUCGCAACACGCUACAGAAUAACCACUAUGGAAGAAAUGCUCCCGAUGAUAGUGCAUUGGAUCUGCUCAAAAGCCUACUCAGAUACGAUCCGUUGAAACGUAUGACAGCCGAACAAGCGCUUCAACAUCCGUAUUUCACGGCUGGUAUUGGUACUGGAGGAGGGGGAGGAGGAUACUCUUCCUUUUCUCCUUCUACCACCACGACCGCGACCACUUCCUCUUCUUCUGCGGCGGCGACGGCAGCGGCAGGAGCAACAGCAAAAAUUCAAGCUUUGUAUUCGAAUUGUUUUGAAGGGUUGGAGAAUAAAUAUCCUCCGAGAAAAGUCAGUACCGAAGCGCAUAAUGAGAUUGGCACGACGACGACGGCGGCGACGACGAAUCAUAACAGUGCUGUGACGGGCUCGAAGAGGAGUGCGGCCAUUCAACAGCAGGCACAGCAGGCACAACAACAACAGCAGCAGCAGCAGCAGCAGCAGCAGCAGGACGAGAGGUUAUUGGGGCCUGUGCAGAAGAAAAUGAGGGAUGGGUAG